GUGGCGGCGGGCGCGGAGCCCGAGCGGCGCGGGACUGGCCGUCGGGGCCCCGUGACGGCGGCUCCCGGAGAGCUCCGAUGCCAUGGAGAAGCUGGCGGCCGGGCUGGCCGGGCUUCGCUGGAGCAUGGGUGCUUUCCCUCUAGACCUCAUCGUCAGCCGCUGCCGCCUGCCCACGCUCGCCUGCCUCGGGCCAGGGGAGUACGCUGAGGGCGUCAGUGAGCGCGACAUCCUGCUGAUCCACUCCUGCCGCCAGUGGACGACAGUGACAGCUCACACCCUGGAGGAGGGCCACUACGUCAUUGGGCCCAAGAUUGACAUUCCCCUGCAGUACCCAGGCAAGUUCAAACUCCUGGAGCAGGCUCGGGAUGUCCGGGAGCCGGUGAGAUACUUCAGCAGCGUGGAGGAGGUGGCCAGUGUUUUUCCUGACCGAAUCUUUGUGAUGGAGGCCAUUACCUUCAGCGUCAAGGUGGUGUCUGGCGAGUUCAGCGAGGACAGCGAGGUGUACAACUUCACCCUGCACGCGGGCGACGAGCUAACUCUCAUGGGCCAGGCAGAGAUUCUGUGCGCCAAGACCACCAAGGAGCGCUCGCGCUUCACCACGCUCCUGCGCAAGCUGGGCCGAGCUGGGGCCCUGGCCGGAAUGGGUGGCCCCGGGAGUGUGGGGGCUUCUGGGGGUGGCGGCGGGGCCGCGAGGCCCGUCAAAGGCAAGAUGCCUUGUCUCAUCUGCAUGAACCACCGCACCAACGAAAGCCUGAGCCUGCCCUUCCAGUGCCAGGGCCGCUUCAGCACGCGCAGCCCGUUGGAGCUGCAGAUGCAGGAGGGCGAGCACACGGUGCGCGCCAUCAUCGAGCGCGUGAGGCUGCCAGUGAACGUGCUGGUCCCCAGCCGGCCGCCACGCAACCCCUACGACUUACACCCCGUGCGCGAGGGCCACUGCUACAAGCUGGUCAGCAUCAUCUCCAAGACGGUGGUGCUGGGCCUGGCGCUGCGCCGCGAGGGUCCGGCGCCGCUGCACUUCCUGCUGCUCACCGACACGCCGCGCUUCGCUCUGCCGCAGGGCCUGCUGGCCGGGGACCCGCGCGUCGAGCGCCUGGUGCGCGACAGUGCCUCCUACUGUCGCGAGCGCUUCGAUCCGGACGAGUACUCCACGGCCGUGCGCGAGGCGCCCGCAGAGCUCGCCGAAGACUGCGCCAGCCCGCGCCGGGCGCGCCUCUGCCUGCCCGCGCCGCGCGCCCCUGGAGUCGUCCGCGCGCCCGGACCACCGGGUCGCCUAGGGCCAGCCCUGCCCGCGCUCGGCGACGGCGACCAGGAGUACGUGAGCCCGGAUUGGGCGGGUGCGACGGAACCCGCGGCCUCUUGCGCUGAGAUCCCAUACGAAGAGCUGUGGGUGCACCAGCCCCCCGAGAACCUCGUCGAUGCCCGUGUCCGGCCGCUGCCAGGGCCGGACCUCAUCUCCUUUGGGACUGUGGGGUCCCCACGUCAUGAGUCCGAGGCACCACCGCCUCCUGUCCCCCCCAAAUCCGAGGCGGUAAAGGAAGAGUGUCGCCUGCUUCAUGCCCCUCCUGUACCUCCUCGGGGUGGCAGCAGCUGCAGCAGGCUCACAGGCAGCCCCCCAGUGCCGCCCCGCUUUCCCAAACUGCAGCCUGUCCACUCACCCAGCUCCAGCCUCUCCUAUUAUUCUUCAGGCCUGCAGGAUGGGGCAGGAUCCCGCAGUGGCAGCGGCUCCCCAUCACCGGAUGCCUACUCCCUCUAUUGUUACCCUUGCACCUGGGGAGAUUGCAAAGUCAGCGAAUCCUCUAGCCGUCCACCCCCAGGACCCAUGCCUUCUACCACCACUCAGCCCAGCCAGGCCUCAAGAGCCCUAGCUGAGCCUCCAAGUGGUCGGACCACCUCCCUCGUAGGGGCUGACACCCCAGUGAUUAAGAACUACCAUGGCUGUCCACCUCUGUUCAAGCCCUCCCACGCCCAGAAGCGCUUUGCUCCAUUUGGUGCACUCAACCCCUUUUCUGGGCCUGCCCACCCUUCAGGUGCUCCAGUGGCCUCCUCCUCUGGGUCCACAUCCACCUCGGGUGCCCUGGCUACCUCCAGCCCCACACAUUCCCCGGGCCCAGGCCCUCAGGGCCAAGGUUACUCAGCUGCCCUGUCCUCCUCCCUGUCCUCCUCUGAGUGGCAGGAGCCAGCACUGGAACCCUUGGACCCAUUUGAGCUGGGGCAGGCUAGUCCUCCAGAGCUGGAGCUGCUGCGCUGUCAGGAGCCCAGAGCUGUGGGGACACCUGGGUCUGGACCUUGCCUUUCACCACUUGGUCCUCCUAAGGCCUUUGAGCCUGAGGGUUUGGUGCUGAGGCAGGUCCCCGCCUCAUUGUCACCAGCUGCCUUGCAGGGGCCCGAGACAGGAGGGACCCUACUCUUUCUCACCCAAGGGGGCUUGGAAGGGCCUCCUGGCAGUCCCCGGGAGGGAGCCACGGGCACUGGAGUGCGGGAUGCACCCCCCUGGCAGCCACCAGCGGACUUGUCUGCACUCUCCCUGGAAGAGGUCUCACGCAGCCUGCGCUUCAUUGGGCUCUCCGAGGACGUGGUGAGCUUCUUUGCCCGAGAACGCAUCGAUGGAAGCAUCUUUGUGCAGCUCAGUGAAGACAUCUUGGCUGAUGACUUCCAUCUCACCAAGCUGCAGGUCAAGAAGAUCAUGCAGUUCAUUAAGGGCUGGCGGCCCAAGAUCUGAACUGUUGGGUCAGCGGCUGCGCAGCCUGGAUGCCAGGAGCGGAGAGGCCCUGGGGUGUCCCAGGGGUCUCCCAGGGGCAGGGCCUCCCGCAGGAAGAUCUGGGCCAAGGCUGGGGCUGCUCUGUGGGUUCUGAGUGUUCCUGUGAAGAAUACUUGGGGAGGGGGCGCUACUCUGCACCUGCCCCGGUGGGGCUUUUGCUGUCAUUCCCACAGCAGGGUAAAGGUGGCGUGUGUGGCAACAGGUGGCAGAACGCCUUUCUGUGCCCCGCUGUAGCCUUUCAGAUACCACACACUGCUCGGCCCUUUAUGUUCAGGUUAGAGAACAAGGGAAGAUGGCUCAGAACUCAAGUACAGUUUCCCCAAAGUGCCCUCUCCUUCACGCUCUGCGGGCUUUGGCCUGUGGCUGCUCCAGAGUUAGGGGUGUGACUCCCGUCUCUGAAGUACCCUCUUUCUGUCUGCUCCCAUGAUUAGGCACUUGACCCUUAGCACUGAUGAACCUGCUACAGGCCUAUGCCCAGCACUAGAGUCCCUGCUUUGGUCUUUGCUUUGACGCCAUCACAGCUAUUCCCUGGUUUUCCAUGGGGCAGUCUGAGGACAGUUCCUGGGGGGAGUGGCUGGAUGCAGGCCAGCCGCUCUUCAGUUCUAGAAACAUAGUGAUCAUUUCACUCUGAUGGACACUUGGGGGGCCCCUGGUGUGUCACUGGUACAGGGCAGUGUGACUGGGAAAGGGAGGCCGGUGGCUCAGGAAAGCUAGCAGCUCCGAGAUCUCUGGGCCCUCCAGUCCCGAGCAUGGUGAUCCGAAUGACACCUAGAGGUCUGGCUAAUGCAGACUCCCCCCAUUCCUCUCCAGCUCCUCUAACAAGAACCACACCCCUUGUGCCCUCUGGUGGGGGUGGGCAGAGGUGGCAGUUUUCUCGUCUGCCUUUCUUUUUUUU